AUGGGCAACGGCCAGUUCAAGCUCUACUUCCCCUCCCACGCCAUGCCGUUCAUCAUCCCCAACGCCGAGAUCCCCAACAUCGUCGCCAUGAUAAACCUCAUGCUCAAAGACAUGGAGACCAAAGGCGUAACCAAAGCCGGCGGCUUCACCUUCCCCGCCUCCGAUGGCUUCGGCGCAACAAUAAGCAUCGAGAUGCCCACCCCCGGCGACUGGAUCCUCGUCGACACCUACUACUCAACCGUCAUCCACCAGGCCGUUGCGAAGAGCACGGUGAGGGGCUCAGGCACGUAUAUGGUCCUGCCGAUGAAGGAUGCGGGGCUCAGUGCGGCGGAUUUGAAGGCUGCGUGUGCGAAGGCCGCAGCGGGGGCUAAGGCCGCGGCGGAGCUGGUAUCGCCGCCGCGGUAUGAGGCGAUGCCGACGGCGAGUGCGGUGGUGGCGAGGGCGGUAGUGGCGGCGAGGGCGUUGAAGUAG